UACUAUUUUUUAACAAGAGAUAAUCUUAGGAUUACCUCUUUUACUAUUUCCCUUCCAAAAAUAGUUGAAUCCCAAAUAGAUGGUUACAAAAACUCACACACUCACCCAUUGGCCAAAAGACCAUUCCCCUCUUCCCAACCUAAAAAACAACCUCCAUACCCCUAAUCACACGUGCAUAUCACGUGACCUUACAAAUACAGAUAAUAAUGACAAAAUAAGAUAGUACACACAAAACACUUUCUCUCUCUAAAAACAGUUUCUCUCUCUACUUUUUUCUGCUCCACUCCUGCAAUACAAAACUUACAUACACCCCCCUUCACUUCACCUCAACCCUUCCUCCUACUCCUUCACCAUUUUCUCUUUCUCUCUCUAAAAACACUUUCUCUCUCUUGUCCAAUCAAAUGUUGUCAUCAUCAUCAUCACCACCAUCAAGUGACUCUACAUUACUUUCCCCUUCUUCAUCAUCUUCUUCAUCCCCUUCUUCUCACCUUAAACCCAACAAUCAAAAUUCUGAAUCAAAAACAACUCAAACCCAGAAAACAAUGGAGGAAGUUUGGAAUGAUAUCACCAUUAACUCACUCCCAAACACCCCAAUUUCUCACAUUCACUCAAUUCAUCACCCUACUUCAACCAACACUGCUUCCCAUUACAAGGGUUUCAUCUUCCAGGAUUUCCUCAAUGGUAGUGGUAAUUACCCCACUAAUCUUCGUAAUUCCUCCGUCGAUUUGCCGCCUCUUCCUCCUCGAACCACCACUACUGAAUUUCAAUUUCUCGAUAAUGAGUUUCAAUUACAGGGGAAUCCCUCUGUUCCUAGUAUGAUUUCUGGUGUUGCUCCUUUUGAUAAUCUUGCUUCUUCCUCUGUUCUAGCCACCUUCGCAACCGCUGUCAACAGCGGUUGCGGAGGUGGUUUCGAUAACAAGAAGGUGGCUGAUAAUGUUGUGGAUGGUUCGGUUGAUCGUGUGCGCAGGCAUAAGCGGAUGAUCAAGAACAGAGAAUCUGCUGCUCGUUCUAGGGCGCGAAAGCAGGCAUAUAUAACAGAGUUGGAGUUAGAAAUUGACAAUUUCAGAAAAGAGAACGCGGCACUAAGGAAACAACAACUACAGUUAAUUGAAGCUCCGCCUGCCCAGCUUCCGAAAAAGCACGGUCUUCGUCGAACAUUAACAGCACCAUUUUAAGAUGCAUAUUUUUAUUUUGACAAAAAAAACAGAAGACCCAAAAUAUUUGGUAUUUUGCUGCUUUAUGUAAUGAUAUAUUGGUAUUGGUGGGGUCAUUUUGUAGUACUACUAACAGUGAUAGAGGACCAAAGCAACUAAAUAUGCUUUUGGACACGUGCCUUUUACUAAUUGGUCCCUAGUUUAUCCCCCCCUUCUAUUCCUUGUUAUUUAUGAACAAUGGUGGAUGAAUGUAAUUAUCCUUAAUUAGUACUAAUUCCGUUUCUUUGCCGAUUAUAUAUUUUGACUUUACGACUAUUUACAAUUUUGACUUUUAUUAAUG